AUGGGUGGCUCAAUGGGUUUUCUUGGAAAAGGGUUACCACCGACGCAGAUGAUGAAUAUGGUUAUGGGUUCACUCUACAAACAAUUCACCCAAAAAGCUAUCAACAACUUUGACGAUUUCCACGUUGCUGUUUUAGACAUCUUUAACAACUUCAACUCGGCUUUACCAGGAAGACAUUUUGAUUUCCCGACACCGGAGGAAAUAAAGGCUUGUUUCACGCUGUGGAAGGGAGCGAAAGACGAAGAAGAGAAGGAAAAAGUGUUCUUAGAGUUCAUAACAAAGUGCGUGAAGCCAAGUAAACUUGAUGACGUCACUCUGAUCACCGGAAUUGUAUCUCCUCCGGCGGCUAUGGCGGCUAAGAGAGCAGGAGAGAAUGUUCCUCAGUUGAAGAUAAUCAAACUCAUACCUGAUGUUAUAUUCGUCCCUACUGUCACCAUUUUAGCCAUUGUCUCUGCCAAACUCUCAAGAAGAAUGUAUUUGAAAUAA